AUUCUUCUUCAACCUUUUAUUUCUCUCCCAUAGGGUUUCUAUGUGAUCAACAAUGGCGUUAUCAUCUACUAUUAUUAAUUUAUUACUUUAUUUUUUAAGUUUCAAUUUUUAUUCCCCUUUUGUUGUUGCUGUUGAUGAAAACAAAACAAAACCUAGUUUCUGCCAUAACCAGUUCCAAUCGGUUCUAGUGAGGAAUUGGGUCGAUGGUGUAGAGCGUGAAUACAUCGAAGGAUUAAGUGGUGAAUUUGGUUCCGUUUUGCCCAUGGAGGAAAAGAAAGCUCGUCGAUUGCCUGCUGUUCUCUCAAACCCCUUGAAUGGAUGUACCCUACCCUCCUCAAAGUUAUCAAAUUCCAUUGCGUUGUCUGCACGGGGAGAUUGUGAAUUCAUGGAGAAGGCACAAGUUUCACAGUCAGGGGAUGCUGCUGGCUUACUGGUGAUAAAUGACGAGGAAGAUAUUUUCGAGAUGAUGUGUUCUGAGAAUGCUGUAAAUAUUAUGAUUCCUGUUGUGAUGAUCCCGGCCUCGGGAGGAAAACAGAUUAAAGAAUCAAUCGCCUCUAAAGGGAAAGUGGAGCUGUUAUUAUACGCUCCAAUUAGUCCUGUUGUGGAUGUCUCAGUUGUGUUCUUAUGGAUGAUAGCUGUUGGUUGUGUUAUUUUGGCUUCCAUUUGGUCAGAAUAUAUUGCAUGUGAGCAGCAUUGUGAUCCUUAUCAGGAUUCUUCUAUUGCUGGGUCAGCUAAAGAUGACUCUGAGAAAGAUGUGCUAGAUAUAAGUGUAAUGGGUGCUGUAUGUUUUAUCAUUGUAGCAUCAACCUUUCUGGUGGUACUAUUCUUUUUUAUGUCGUCUUGGUUCGUUUGGCUGCUGAUCCUGUUCUUCUGCAUUGGGGGUACCCAAGGAAUGACUGCUUGUGCAAUAGCAUUGAUUUCAAGAGUAUCCAGAAACUGCCGUAAUCACACCGUCAAACUACCGCUAUUUGGGGAUGCUACAGUUCUAUCUAUUGUGGUAUUUCCACUCUGUCUAGCAUUUGCCAUCUUUUGGGUUGUUCACCGGCAUGCAUCAUAUUCGUGGUUCUUUCAAGAUUUUCUUGGUAUUUGUUUGAUGAUAAAUGUCUUACAGCUAGCCCGAUUACCAAAUAUCAAGGUCGCUGCUGUACUUCUGUCCUGUGCAUUUGUCUACGAUAUAUUUUGGGUCUUCAUAUCGCCAUUGUUAUUUCAUGAAAGUGUUAUGGUUGCAGUUGCUCGUGGCAAAAAUAGCGGUGGAGAAUCCAUUCCUAUGGUUUUGAGGCUCCCUAAACUUAUUGAUCCAUGGGGUGGCUAUAAUAUGGUAGGCUUUGGUGAUGUUAUCUUCCCCGGGUUGCUCAUCUCAUUUGCUUUCAGGUAUGAUAGGGCAAAUAAUAAGGGUUUCAAAGAUGGAUAUUUUCUUUGGUUGACUAUUGGCUAUGGUUUUGGGCUCUUCCUUACAUAUGUUGGUCUGUAUCUAAUGAACGGGCAUGGUCAACCUGCAUUACUCUACCUCGUUCCAUGUACAUUAGGUACUCUUGUAGUGUUGGGAAAAGUGAGAGGUGAGCUGAGAAUGCUGUGGGACUAUGAUGAAAACGCAUCAUUGUCUAGACCUCCUGGAGGUGCUUGAAAGAGAUCUCGGAUAUUUUCUUACCACCACUGUCAGGUCGUCAAAGUUUCUUCUCAUGUGUGUAUACAUUGUAUAUACUAACAGACAUUCAUUGCUAACAGACUGUAAAAUGAUAGGUAUUCUGGUGGAA